AUGGGUAUUACUGGAUUAUUACCAUUUAUAGAGAAGGCUUCAAGGCGGACAAACGUAAGUGAGUUUAGUGCCUGUACUGUGGCAAUAGAUUCAUAUUGCUGGCUGCAUAAAGGUGCAUUUGCUUGCGCGGAUAAAUUAGUACGAGGAGAAGAUACGGAUGUGUAUAUAAAAUACUGCAUGAAGUAUGUGACCAUGCUGCUUUCUAAGAAUAUCAAGCCUAUAUUAGUAUUUGACGGUAGGCACUUACCUGCCAAAGCAAUGACUGAAUCAAAACGGAGAGAAUCACGCGAUGUUUCAAAGAAAAGGGCAGCGGAAUUAUUAAGUCUUGGAAAGACAGAUGAAGCUCGAUCGUAUAUGAGACGCAGUGUGGACAUCACUCACGCCAUGGCCCUAGGCCUUAUUAAGGAGUGUCGGAAGCGCAAUGUUGACUGUAUAGUAGCUCCCUACGAGGCUGACGCUCAGCUCGCGUACCUGAACAUUAAGAACAUAGCCCAGUUAGUCAUCACUGAAGACUCUGAUCUCAUUUUGUUUGGAUGCACCAAGGUAAUGUUCAAAAUGGAUUUGGAUGGUACAGGAACUUUAGUUGAUACAGCAAAACUUCCUCUUUCUAUGAAGUGUCCGAUAGAACACUAUUCAUUUGAUAAGUUUCGACAGAUGUGCAUCAUGUCUGGCUGUGAUUAUCUGCCAUCGUUGCCGGGUAUAGGGCUGGCCAAAGCUCGACAGUUUGUCACUGCUACACAGGACUCUAAUUUUGCUAAUGCCCUUAAGAAAUUACCAAGUUUUUUUAAUAAAUUAUCAUUGGUCAUGACGGAUGAGUAUCGGGAGAAUUUCUUAAAAGCCGAGGCAACCUUUAAACAUCAGUAUGUUUAUGAUCCUUUGGAAAGACGGAUGGUGCGGCUGACUGAACCUGAUGAUGAAGAUGUUGAACAAGCAUUCUGUGUGAAUGCCGGUGAACUACUAGACCCUAAAAUCUCAUUUCAAUUGGCCCUUGGAAAUCUAGAUCCUUUCACAUUAAAGAAAAUGGACGACUGGCAUCCGGAUUACUGCAGGAAUAAGAAAGAAUCUGUGAAAACAGGUAGCUGGAAAGAAAAUGGUGUAUCGAGCCACCCAUCUAUAUGGAGUUCAGACUUUACACCAUAUAUGGAGGAACCCCGACCGUGGCAAAAGAAGGUGCAAAAGGUUGAACCGAUACUAGUAGCACCCACAACCCGGCCGAGAAAGAAAGUGGUUAACUUAGUUAGUAAAUAUGUACCUGAGACACAGACAGAGGAUGAAAGUUUAUCAAUACAAUCCUUAACCAACAUGUAUUGCUUAGAGCCAGCAAGUAAGAAACCUAAAAUGGACUGUGAUCCAGAAACCGACUUACAGACUCAAUAUACGCAAGGGCCUCAUAACAUAGCGCUUAUAAAUGACAAAGCAGUUGAUAAUAAAGUAAAAUCGCCGGUAUUAGAGAAUAAAGAGAGAUCGUUUAGAAAAUGCAUGAAAAAUGGUACCAAUUCCAUGUUAAAAAGACUGAGUAAAUUUCCUAGAACGGUAAUGGAUGGUAAUGAGGUUCAAAGCAAGUUUUUCUCAAGUAAACAAGAUCAAUCCACAGAGAAUAAUGUUUCCAAAAACAGUGUUGAAAUUGAGGAAUCACCAGAAAGGGCAAACAGGAAUCCCUUCAAGGUGAAAAAAUCUCCGCAAGAUGAAAAUUCUGAUCGUUUAAAUCAUAUCGAAUGCUCUGUAGAGCUUUCGGAGAAUUCUCAAAAGGAGAAUUACCCAAUAAACAGUCCUGUGAAGGCACCUAGCCCUAUUUUAGAACCGAGUCCGAGAAGUCUGAAAUCAUUUAAAAAAAGAUUGGAUGUGCAAUUUGACAAUGCUAUGAGUGAGGAUUCUGUGAUAGAGAAUACUUAUCCUAUGGAAAAUUUAGUUACACCUACAGAUUCACAGGCUUCAUUUGGAGCAUCACCUCCUAAACCAGUAUUUGAACGGAUGAGCAAUCACUCGCAAACAUCGUACAGCUGUCAGUCAAAUAAAAUGGGUAAACAUAUAAAUGGGUAUAGAAAUAAUGCACCGAAAACGAGUCUGAAGAAAACGCCGCCAUUACCUAGCAAUCAACCGACGUUACUUAGCAAGUUUGGAUUUCAGAAGAAACCGCUGCUGAAGAGGUGA